CGAUCUGUCUAUUUCCAUACCCAUCUUAAUACCCUAUAGUUAAAAAGUUUGUAUCGAUUGUUUUGUUUCCUAGCAAUUUUCUGACUCACACCUUUUCACAACUAGGGUACACACAUAUAACCUUUUGGGUUUAAUUUAGUAUUUUAUCAAGUGUAUCACAGUUAACACGCUGGGUUGCAGUCCUUCAAAAAUUGUCGUGUUUGUUUAUACAUUUUUAGUGCAUUGAAGCUUGAAGAGGAAACUAUUUUCAUUCAUUCUAGUGUUAAUGACGCACAAAUAUGUAUCUGAAAAUUUUACUAGUCAUGUUUGUUUUAAGUAAAAGUGAAAGUGUUUUGCCGGUUAUAAAAGUGGAAGGGGAUAUUAAAAUUGCACUCUUAUUAGAAAAUUGUAUAAACAAGGAUAAUGAAGUGAUUCCUUUUAGAAAACAGUCGCUCAUUUCCUCUGCGUUUUGGGUUGUAGAGAGAAUAAACUUUCUAGAAAGCUUAUAUCCUAUGAAAUUGGGACUUGAAGUGUAUGAAACUUGUACCGAUAAUGAUUACUUUAAAAUUGCAUUCGAGUUAUAUGACAACAUUAGCAGUUACACUCUUGGAAUAGUCAAUGAACACAAAGUAAAUCCAAAACUUACGAAAUAUAGUGAACUGCUCGAAAUACCAACUGUUACAAUUAAACAUGUAAAUAGUUUAUUAAUAAAAGCCUCGAUUAGGUUUCUAAACAAUUUAGGAUGGAUUAAAAAUGUAACAAUUUUUGCUCCGAACGAAAACAUUGUGGCCGAAUUUUACAAACUUUCAAAAUCAAAUUUUAUUUGUAUCGAGGAUUGUGUCGUUUAUGAUUCUUGCUAUAAGGGAUUUAACUAUACAAAGCAUAUCGUUUUUUUCGGAAAUGUAGAACAAAUAGAGGAUUUCAUAAGAAGUAACGAUUUUGAAAAUUCUGAAGAUGAACUGUUUGCCUUGUUUGUGCCUUUGGAUGGAUCUGUACCAAAACAUUUGCCUUACAAAAGCUUCGUUAUUAUUCCACCACAUAAUCCAGCAACAAGAACUUAUAAAACACCGGAAAACAUCCUCCCAUCUCCCAUUUUCAUCUACACAGCAAGAGCAUUUCUAACGUAUACAAAAAAUAUCGAACAUUUUGUCGAAAAGAAUUGCAAUGAAACCAUAUAUAUAGUAAAUUGCAUAAGAGAAAAAUUUACUAAAAUAUAUAAACCAUUUAUUAUGACACCAGCAAGCAUUUUGGAAACGCUCAAAGUAGAAACAUUAAAACAACAUUUUGUUUACGAUAUUUACAUCGCUGAUAAAGAUACAACAAACAUAAGUAUAUUAGCAACAAAAAAUGAUUUUUUGGAACCACUGUCAAAAAUAUUUUCCUACAAUAUUUUUUACGAUAAUUUAACUUUUAUAAACCAUUCGUUUCAAGAUAGAUUGAAUAUUUCUAAAAGAAGUGAAGAUAGUAACGUCAAAUGUAAUUAUUAUCAUCGAGAAAAACAUUUCAAUUUAUUUAUGGAUAAUGUGUCAAAUUUGUCAUUUAGAUCCGAAGCUUGGGUGUAUGCCUUUUUAUCGUUAUCGUUACUUGGAGUAAUAGUUUGCAUGUCUAUUUUAAUUUUUCUUUUAAUUAGUAUUUGCAAAAAAGACGUACUGGAAGGAAACCCUGUAUUAACCAUUUCUUUACUAGUAGCAGUAACGUUUCUGUUUUGCUCAAUUUUACCGUUUAGUUUAGAAGAUAAUAAAGUUACAGCCAAUUUAUUAUGUUUAGUAAAAUCUCUAUGUACUACUCUUGGUUAUUCUUUAGUAUUUUCUUUACUCUUAUCUAGGUGUAUCCUUUUAGCAACUGCGUCAAAAGAUAUAGGUUUCAUGUCACACAUUGCGGGUCCAGUUCAGGCUUUUUUAUGUUUGUUUAUUUUUGGAAUUCAAGCCGCUCUAAGUUUGCAGAUUGUAGGUAAAUGUUUGGAAGUAUUUUACAGUACUUCAUUUAUUUACCUAAUGAGUUAUAAUAUAAUGCUCCUUUUACUGCUUCUCUGUCUGUGUCCGUUAAUAUACAAAUGUGAGCGGAAUUAUCGCGAAGGAAAAUACUUUUGUAUUGUAAUAUUACAAACUAGUAUCGUGUGGUCCAUUUGGCUGCCUCUUUUCAUGUUUUUGGAUAGAAGUUGGAAUGAACCUAUGCUCUGCUUGGGACUUGUAUGCACGGCCGGUGGGUUCCUUGGAGCUAUUUUUAUACCCAGGACAUAUUUAAUGACCAUAGCGGCAGCUAGAAAUAAAAUGACAAGUGCACUUCCAUCCUUGAAUACGGCCAAUAGUAUUGUGGAUAUUUACAGAACGAACACACAGCCGAUAUAUGACUGCCUUAAUGUCGCAGCUAUAAAUGCAGUUAAUGUAGCUAGAGCCGGAGUUACUGUUUCUUCAUCGCAAGCUAUGCCACGGCCAGAUUUGUAUUCUUGUUCGGCAGUUCCUGAUGAUGAAGACUUCGAUUUCCGAUGCGAUACUCCAAUACAUAAUGAUAAGGUUACUCGAUUUUAG